AUGGCGUUGGAAGGAGCAGAAACACCGCGACGGGCGACCCGCGAGGAGAUGCGCGAUGCCAAAGUGCCCAUGCAAUACCGAGACAGCUGCGCCCACCUGCUGAUUCCCCUCAAUCGCUGCCGCUUCGAGACCUACUACAUGCCCUGGAAGUGCGAGCAAAGCAACCCCGCGCCGCGAUGGCGCACCACCCCCGAUCGACGACUGACUCGCUUUCCGCAGGACGAGAGACACAGCUACGAAAAAUGCCAAUACGUCGAGUUCAAGAAGCGCGUCGCAAAGAUGAAUGAGCUCAGGGAGGCCAAGGGCGGUGCGCGGAGCAACUGA